AUGUCUACUGAAGAUAAGCAGGUUUGUGAGGCAGUAGUUGAAAGCAAAGGGAUACGACAGGAAGACAGAGAUGAUUCGGGAAUCAGUGAUUAUGGAGUGUCAUUAGAUAGCCCAUUAGCAGACUCAACUAGUUAUCCCAAGACACCGGGACAAACGACGAGAAAUAAGUCAGUUUCAGAAGAUGCAGAUAAGUGGUCAAUGUUGGUAAACUUGAUAAAGGAAAAUAAUGCAUCAUUAGAGAAAGGUUUCAGAGAAUCAUUAAAGAAAGGUUUACAAGAAAAUAACGCAUCACUAAAGGAAGAUUUACGAGAAUCAUUAGAGAAGGGUUCACAAGAAUUUAGAGAAUCACUAAAGGAAGAUUUACGAAAAUCAUUAGAGGAGGGUUUACGAGAAUUCAGAGAAUCAUUAAAGAAGGAUUUACAAGAAACUAGAGAAUCGUUAGAUAAAGGUUUACAAGAAAUUAACGCAUCAUUAGAGAAAGGUGUACAAGAGAUCAAAACAUCGCAAAUGAAGAUGGAAUUUAAUCUGAAAAAGGAAAUGCAGGAGUUACAAGAAACAGUGAAGGUGGACAUCGACGAGAGAGAGAGGAAGCUACAGAAGAGCAUAGACCAAGUCCAGGGAGACGUGGAGAAGAUGGAAGGAAAGUUAACAAAAAAGAUAGAAGACGACAUUGAAGAAACGAAAGCCGAAUUGGGAGAAAGAAUCAACGAAGUGGAAACAAAUUGCAAUCAUCGAAUCGCCGAGGUGACGCAGAUGCAGAAACACUGCAAUGAUGCGGUUAAGGAGAUAGGCAAAACCAACUGA